AGUCAAAAAUAGAAGGCAUUAAUUUGUUUUGGAAGGGAAAGGCGUACAAAAUUGAAACGGCGAACAGAGAAGUGCAGAUCCUGAAUUUAGCUCAUGCAUUGCAGAUUUGGACGUCCUUUGCAUCUUCUCUGCUCCAGUGUUAUCAAGCUUGACGAAGAGGGUCCGAGUCGCAUUUCUCCGAGUUUUAACUUCGAGGUUUAAUCUUCAGAACAAGGAGAAGCUGAUGGGGGUCGAUUACUACAAGAUAUUGCAGGUGGAUAAGAAUGCAAGCGACGAUGAGUUGAAAAAAGCUUACAGGAAAUUGGCUAUGAAAUGGCAUCCUGAUAAGAACCCGAACAAUAAGAAAGACGCCGAGGCUAAAUUCAAGCAGAUCUCUGAAGCUUACGAUGUUUUAAGUGAUCCACAGAAGAGGGCAGUGUAUGACCAAUACGGUGAAGAAGGGCUUAAAGGUCAGGUACCACCACCAACAGAUGCGGGCGGAUGGGGUGGGUCAACGUCCUUCCAUUCAGGGGACGGACCAAAUGUGUUUAGAUUUAACCCCAGGAAUCCAAAUGAUAUUUUUGCUGAAUUUUUUGGGGGAAGUCCAUUUGGUGGGAUGGGAGGUGGUGGGAGUGGGAUGAAAGGAGGCACUUCAAGAUUCCCUACUUCACUAUUUGGGGAUGAUAUGUUUAGUUCAUUCGGCGAGAGCCGAUCAAUGAACUCCGCAGGGCCACGGAAAGCAUCGCCGAUUGAAAGGAAAUUGCCUUGUAGCCUUGAAGAGCUCUACAAGGGAACCACCAAGAAGAUGAAAAUCUCAAGGGAGAUAGUUGAUGCUAGUGGGUCAACUAUGCAGGUAGAAGAGAUAUUAACCAUAACAAUCAAACCUGGUUGGAAGAAGGGAACAAAGAUCACAUUCCCGGGAAAAGGGAACGAAGAGCCAAACGUGAUCCCUGCAGAUCUGGUCUUCAUAAUCGAUGAAAAACCGCACAACAGAUUCACAAGAGAAGGGAACGAUCUCAUUGCUGUGGAGAGAGUGACACUUGUUGAAGCAUUGACAGGUUAUACCGUCCACCUGGCGACGCUGGACGGAAGAAGCCUAACAGUGCCCGUAAAUUCUAUCGUACACCCGAAUUACGAAGAGGUGGUCCCGAAAGAAGGGAUGCCAAUACCUAAAGAUCCAUCAAAGAGAGGGAAUUUGAGGAUAAAGUUUAGCAUCCAAUUCCCUACACGAUUGACACCAGAGCAGAAGGCUGGUCUCAACAAAUUGCUUGCUUAAGUGAACGAACGAAUGAGCUCUUGUCAAGUGGUUUUCCAAUAUUUGCAAUUUCAAUGGGUAUAAUCUGUCUUUGUGCACAUUACUAACAUUCACAUCCUCAUUUUGUGCCCAGAGACUAAUUAGUUGCUAUUUCCUGCAUCCCGUUAAAAGUUUUUUGGGUUUGAGGCAACACGGUUAUUUACAUAAACUCAGAUUGUGUGUUUGAGAUUUAUGAAGGCGAAUAGAGAAUAAUAUGAACUGCAUAUG